AAUCGACUUCCGGUACAAUUUCCGGUUAAAACAACAACAUGACGGGCACGUUAGAUAAUGCAAGUCCGACGGUUUACGAGGCAGCUAAGGAAAGGCAGGUCACUCCUGACGAAGAAAACGACGAUAUUGUUGAUGGAUUCGACGACAGGGAAGUUUUCGACUUGAUUCGGAAUAUCAAUGAUCCGGAACACCCAUUGACUUUAGAAGAAUUGAAUGUUGUGGAAAACUCCAAAGUUAAGGUUGAUGAUGAAAACAGCCAAGUGAGGGUCGAGUUCACACCCACCAUUCCACACUGUAGUAUGGCGACACUGAUUGGCCUCUCCAUUAGGGUGAAGCUUCUGCGUGCUCUGCCCACACGCUUCAAGGUUGAUGUGACCAUCACUCCUGGAAGUCAUGCCUCCGAGGAAGCAGUCAACAAACAGCUGGCCGACAAGGAAAGAGUGACAGCUGCCUUGGAAAACAGUCACCUCUUAGAAGUCGUUAACCAGUGUUUGGUCGCAAGAAAAAUAUGAUCGGCUGGACAUUAUGUGUAACCCUAGAAAAAAACCCAAACAAAUUAUGACUUUAGAUUCAUCAUCAUUGUUAACCUAUUGCUGGGAUAGAUGGCAAUUCUCAUUAUGUAGUUGGCAUUCUGAUUCAUUCCGAAUUUGUCUGAAUCUGACGUCGAUGUGAAGUUGUAUUCUGUCAAUUUUCAGUUACUGGUUUAAUAGAUAAGGGAUCAGUUGAUAGCAAGUAGCGUAAUUAACCAAUGAGGUGCGAAAUUCCCGAAAUCUUAUGUACAGAUCUUAUGAAUUUCUUCGUCAUGUGUUGAUGUGGCCAGAAAAGCUGUGAUAUUGUAAAUAUGAGGUAUUAUGUUAGGGACGAGGCCAUUUACAAGGUAUAUACAUGUACUGUCCAGUACCCACACAAUGGGCUCUUGUAGUACAUGACCUGUCUACCUAUAACAGUUGUCUAAACGUUUUGUGCCUUCAGUGUAAAGAGUAAGCCACACAGAACUUAUACCUAUAUACCAUAGAUGUGUAAAAUUUGAGAGUGUAUGGGUCACCUUACCCAGGCUAGCCAGAAUUUCCCCCUAGCCUAUAGUGCUAGGUUGGCCUUGAGAGCGACAGGUCGCUAGUUCAAGUCCCAGAGUGGGCAGAGUAUUUUUCAUUACACUUUCCUAGUAGUACAGAUUUAGUACUGUUGAUAACUUCAAGUGAGAGCUAUAGGAGAUUGAGAGGCUUCCUUGGAGAUAAAGAACCUUGCUUGUGGUUGUCUUAAUUUAGCUUAGUGGAAGGAUGUUUGCCUUGAGAGCGCGAGGUCGCUAGUUCAAGUCCCAGGCAGGGUAUUUUUCAUUACUCCUUCCUUUUACUGUUGUAUGGGGGAGAUUUGAACAAAGGGAAUUAACUCUUGUAGAUCAGACUACACUCAAUUGCAUAGCAUCCUAAUUUCAUGUGACCAGUAUGUGAAAUGAAAGCUUCUACAGGAAGCCACCCGUACAUAAUUUGUGUAACAUUUUGGUAUUUUUCUUAGUAUGAUGUAAUUAUAUAUAUCCAUUACGACAUAAGAGAAAUGACUAAAAACAUUGUAAUAAACAUAUUCAUUACUGUAAACAGAAUUAAAUUGAAUUAAAUGUACAUCCCAUCAAGA